AUGAGUUUUCUUGUUUCACUUUCCUUGUACCCAUUUUGGUUUAUACCAGCAUCAAAUUCCCCUUGUUUUAAUCAAGAUUCUAUUGGACUUGGAGUAAUGGAUUUGAAUCUGAUUGAUGCAAAAUCAGUUUUUGUGUCAAAUUUGAUUGGUCCAAAAAGGAUUUUGUCUUUCUCCACCUCCAACUUCAUGUCCAGUUCUCUUAAGGUUUCUCCCCUCCUCUGUUCUUACAAAGGUACUUCUCAAGAGGCUGCUUGUUUGAGUAGUUCAGAAGGUGCUGUUACUCUGAUCGGACAAGAAAAAUAUGGCGUUGAAACUUAUUCAUAUAGAUUUGAUGGUGCAAAUGGCAGAAACCCUAGUAUUUUCUUCAGGGAAAAACGAGUUCUUGAUGGAUUUAAUGAUGAGUAUGGUGGAGUCGUUGUAAAUCCAGAAAAACUACCGUUUAACACUAAUGUCUUUGCCUCUACCCUUCGCUCAUCUCUUUCAACUUGGAGGAGAGAGGGUAAAAAGGGGAUUUGGCUAAAGUUGCCACUAGAAAAAUGCGAUCUUGUUCCUAUAGCAGUAAGGGAAGGGUUUCAGUAUCAUCAUGCAGAAGCAGGAUACGUUAUGAUGACAUAUUGGAUUCCUAAUGAACCAUGUAUGCUACCCGCCAAUGCUACCCAUCAAGUAGGAGUUGGGGGUUUCGUGAUGAACCACAAAAAUGAGGUUCUUGUGGUUCAAGAAAAACAUUGUGCACCUGACCUUGUUGGCCUUUGGAAGCUACCAACCGGGUUCAUUCUUGAGUCGGAGGAGAUUUUCACCGGGGCUGUAAGAGAAGUGAAGGAGGAAACCGGGAUAUCAACUGAAUUUUUGGAAGUUAUUGCGUUCAGGCAUGCACACAAUGUCGCUUUUGAAAAAUCAGAUUUGUUUUUCAUCUUUCAAGCAGCCAAGUGGAUGCCAUUGAUGGAGUUUGUAGAGCAACCAUUAAUCAAAGGUGACAACAUGUUCAAGAAAAUCAUUGACAUGUGCAUUGCUAGGAUUGGGAAGCGCUACUGUGGGUUAUCUGUUCAUAAAGUCAUCUCCAAGUUUGACAACAGACUUUCUUCUUUGUAUUAUAACGUUGUUGAUCAUCAAACUCAUGGUUGCUCUGAUGAUUAUCGCUCCACUCCUAUACUUGAACAACAAAUCAACUAGUGGGAGUGUUGUUUUCAAGUCCUCCCCUACCUUCAACUUUGAUUUCUAUGUUGCAUCUAUCUAUACUUAUUUUGUUAAACACAUGUUGUAACUAGAUGUGACAUGUAUAUAAAGCCAUAACUGUAUAGAUUAUUAUUAAAAUUCAGAUGGGUUACAUCCUUAGCUUAUCACCAAGUAGUUAAUAAUUAAAUUACGGAAAUGGUCCUAGUGGUAUGUCAAAAGUUUUGGAUUCAGUUCAAAUGUUUAAUUUGUUGCGCAGAAGGUCCCUAAUAUGUUUCUUUUUGUUGCAAAGUUUGUUCCUUGACCGUGUAACUAGCUUAACCAUGUAUCCGUUAAGUUCAAACAAAAUGAC